UUCCUAUAGGAUUUGAAUUUAUCACCACUUGAAUUGUUUACAAUGAUUAGUAAACUUUACUAGUUGAAAUAAAACAUUAGAUUUUUUAUCCUUUAUCUUUGAUAAUGGAAGAUUAUUAUAUAAAGAGAAUUUCCUGUUAACGCAACUUUGAUUCAGUGAUCCAUAAGACUUCAAAAGGUGGGAAGUUUGUUGACAAAACUCCCCCUAAUGAAUAUUUUUCCACAGCGUAUAGUAUUUGCAUAUAAUUACCCUGUAAAAAUAUGAUUAUCGAUGACCUUUCUUUGUUGUUCCGUCUUCCUUGUGGCUGUGACUUGACUUACCGAUUUCCAAAUAAAAGUAGUCUUAUAAAUUGUCUGGCUUCUUACCCAGUAAUUGUAAAAACAAAUCAGGAUCCAAUAUUGUCGACGUCACAAGAAUCAGUUCCUUCAUGGAUUGAAGUCAAACACAGUCGAAAUAUAUGUUUAUCAUUUUGGUUCAUCAUUACGGUACUUUGGAUGCUAGUUUGUUUUUCAGUUGGUUUCGUUAUACAGUCUUACUUUAUCCAGUUGACUUUGUUUUUCUCUGUCGUUAUUUGCAUUUACAUGCAUUUACGUAAUACCGUCAUUGAAGAAUCUCUUUUACUCAUAUCUGGAUAUGGUUUACAAACAUCAAAUCGUUACUUUACUGGUCGACAAUCUUAUUCUUCAUUUAUUCCGAUAGAACGAAUUAAAGGAUUUCAUUUAAUCGAUUCUAUUAGUCCAUUUACUAUACGUACUUAUUUAAGCUGUGAAUUUGCCAAAGUUUCUACUACAACUACAACGACAGUUCAUCCACAAAAUAUCGAUUCAUCAUCAUCAUCAGUAUUAAUCAAUAAAACUACAACAUCAUUAUUACACACAGAUCAUAAUGAUCUUAUACCAUUAAUGCCAAUUGUUAUGGAUAAUAAACAAAUUCGAUUUCAAGGUUGUGAUCAUAUUCCAUUGCCUUAUCUUGUAUGGAUGUUACGUUUAGCGAAUACAAUUUUAUUUCAUUAAAUUUUUUUAUGUUAUUUUCUUCUUUUUGUUGUUGUUGAUAUAUUUAAAAUUAUACGCUAUUUGUGUUGUUCACACUUUGAUCGCUUUAAUCACAUACUCAGUCUUUCUUUGAAUAAACUUUAGUUCUUUUACAUAAAAACAAACAAUAUAAUGACUAAUUGAGAAAUUGUGAUCAAAAUAGCAUUCUUCUAAUCCUUUGCAAGUUUUGUAUAUGAGUGAGUGUGUAAACACAAGCUUGAUUGGGCAGAGUUCACUGUUGUUUUGGAGGUGUUGUAAAAAAAAAAUACCCUCUCAAAGUAAGAAAAUU